CUUACUCAUAUUGUUUUAUUUUUUAUGUUUGCUGAAAGUGCUUUAUAGCCUUAAGUAGGUAUUUUCAAAGUAAUAGUUGUAAAACUGUGUGGUAGCGCUUUUAUUGUGAAAUGAAAUUAACCGGAAGUAUUGCUAGCGCAGCUAGCAAUGGACAGGUCUGGAGAAGCAGCGUGGAGGCCACCCCGGGCCUGUGAUGACUAUUGGAGUGAAUUCAGACAUUGCAAAAGCUUGAGGAAUUGUUUUCACAACUAUUACACUUAUGGUACCUCCCCAUCUUGCAAGCAGUGGAAAGAGGACUACCAUAACUGCAAAGAGUGGGAGAAACACAGAGGCGCCGAGGCUAAGGAUGCCUUGCAGAAGAGUGAGAGGAACAGAGUGGCAGAGCAGAGAAACUUCACCCCAGUAUGGGAACUGAGGCGAGACCCUCCCAGAGACUGGCACAUGCCCUUGAACCAGGAAAAGCCUCAGGACUCCUGAACUGUCACUAUUAAUCAGCUGUCUGUUCCAUGGUGGCCAAAGUAAAAUGAAAAUUUGAGAAUUUAACGAAAUCGUUGAGAGCCACUUGCUGGAGAGACAGGGCAUCACUAAUUGCCAUCUCAAAUUGUAUUUAGUGAGCUUCUGUUUGAAAAUAGAUGUUAGUGGCAGCCUCUAGUGGCCAAUGAUGAGUAUGACAGCAUCUAUUCAACCAGAGAAUUACAAUUGGAUCUGUGCAAAGGCAGUGUUGUUUUUCCCGUCAUAAAUUGGUUCUUCAAAGUUUGUGUGAACUGAAGCACAAAGGCUGACUGCACAUACAGACUCACUGUAAAUGAGUUUUAAGAUUAAAUGCCUUGUUUUUUUUUUGUUUAGUGUAAGAAAAGGAAUAUUGGUUUAAAAUAUGCAAAGGAAACAUUUCAUGUAUUCCAUCUAAGUAAUGAAGGACCUGUCAUGCAUUGUUUUGAUAAGGGUUAAAUUAAAAAUUGCUGCUGCACAAGAA